GCACCUGUACCCUUACGACCACUUACUUGCCAUGUCGCGAGACCGACCAUUAUUAGAAUUCGACCUGGCGCCGUCUAUUCCACCUCCCAGCUAUGCUGCCGCGCACGAUGAGGAGGAAGAGAAGGACGCACCGCCGCGGAGGUGGUACCAUCUCCUGCCAACCUGUGUGACAGUGUUAUUUCUACUUGCACCACAGCCGUCAUGGCUUAUCGUGCUCACCCGAUACCAUCUGGGUGUACUGCACGACCGACGGGGAUUCUUGCAACAUCUUUGUAUCACAUACGCCCUUACACUCCUCGCAUUCUCCUCUCUUAUUACGAUCAUUACACGCGACCCCGGCCGACCAUCAGCUCAGAAGACAAACAGCGAACCCGAAGAAAUGAACUUGACGCAGGCUUUGCUUGCAAACGACCUGGACUACAAUACCCCAGGCAAGUGGUGCCGUAAAUGCUGGGCGCCUAAGCCUGAACGAACGCACCACUGCUCGCAUUGCGGUCGCUGUGUUCUAAAGAUGGAUCAUCAUUGCAUGUGGCUCGGUUACAAAUGCCUCGGUCACCGAAACUAUACCUCAUUCCUUCAUUUCAUUACAUGUAUCACUCUCCUUUCCCUCUAUUUUGCCUGUGUAUCCGUGUCUGCCACAUAUUAUGCCUUCACGAACCCUUUGACAAUCGACGAAAUUACCCCUCUACACGAGAUGUCUCUUGGUUUGGCUGGGAUUGUCUUCACCAUGGUUCUUGGCCCAUUUGUCAUCUACCACAUCUUCCUCGUCUCCACGAAUCAAACCACUAUUGAGCACCUCUCGCCUUUCUUCCUUCUACGCCAACUUCCCCCGUUAUCGCCACAACAUGCCGCCGAUCAUCCUCACCUCUCCGACCCGCCUCUUGAACAUGAGCUGUCGUACAGCCAGCGUCGACUCGUUCGCGACGCACAUGGCUACAUCAAGAUAUAUAAUCUUGGCUGGAGGAAGAACUGGGCACAAGUCCUAGGCUGUGACAAGCCGUAUGGUUGGAUUAACCGUAUUCUCUUCGGUGGAGGGGGUGCUGGCGAUGGAGUGAAUUUCCCUCGCAAUCCCCAAGCCGACGAGCUGCUCGUACGCUUGGCGACUGAACUCGUCGACGCCGACAAAGUUUCAUAGCAGCCUGAUACCCACUUGAUACCCCGCAUUAUACCCCAGAUGUACCCAGCUUUUGUUGUAUCCACUUCUCACGAACUUUUCUUAUAAGUCCAUAUGCAUGUCCCGCAAGUCCACAUGCGUACUCAGGCUUUCCUGUCAUCGGACUAGUAGCUAAGACCUCACCUAGUAUCCUUACAUCUCACAAGAGUUCUUAUCCAGGUCUUCCACCCGUAAUCACUCCCUGGACAUUGCCAUGAUCGUUCUCCUCUUGAUCGACUAGCUUCUUCCAUUUUAUGGCGGUACAGAUACUGCCUGGUUUUUGCAGUUACCCAGCGCAGUGGGAGAGAACGGGGCAGUAUCCCGUCCAUAUCUCGACAUCGCAGUCGUUCUCGCGCAUUUCAUUCUUUUCUCCCACUGCCGUAUCCAAUCUCCACGACGAAGGCUCGAAGCCCAGAUACCCGACGUAUCAUCAUGCACUGUUGCAUUCUUGACAGCUAGACUGAUGCAGUGUGCGACCGUGGGGAAUUUCCCUUUCAUUGGUUAUUGCAGGCUUCGAGACUCUCACCAUCUGGUCACAAGGGGGAGAUUAUAGAAUCGAUGAGAUGCCAGACUCAAGCUCCGUCUACGGCACGGCUUGCUUAUAAGCCAGCUGAGUUGUAGUUACCGCCAGCUGCUAAGUUUCGUGGUCUACAGGGCACUGCGUGCUACAAAUCUCCUGCGUUAGACGUUGAAAAAUCUUCGAUCACGCAGAGAUCGGUCGAGGAUGCGACAACUUACAGCAUCGACACAAUGGCUGAGUCGAGGUAUGAUGCGUACGUG